GGCCCGGGGCUGUGGCGGGAGCAGGUGAGCUAAGGCGCCCGCGGCCUGCGCCCUGGCGGGACCACCGCAGCCGGGGCUGCCGCCGGGGCCCAGCUUGUGAACUCCUUGAAGGUAUGGUCUGUCUUCCUGCAACUCUUACGGGCCAGAACUUGAAAACUGCAUGCCUAGAAGCACAUGGUUUUGUGUGUGCCUGUGUCAGUCUUGCAGCUCCACCAAUGAAUAUCUGCAAAUAAAACAAAUCCCUGGCCUUGGCAAAUUCUGCAAAGUAUUUCAAUAUAUUUCUCUGUAUACAAGCAUUUCAUUUGAUCACCUGUUAUAAAUACUCCAGCAGGAGAUAAACAGUAAUUUCGUCUCAAGCUUGCAACUGAGGGAUACUUCAGGCUUUCAACAUUGUUAAUACACAAGACUGCUUCUUAAAGUUCUGAGCUGAAGCAAUGGUGAACUUGUGACCACAGGAGAAAGCCCUGUUUGAAGGACUAAUCGCCAACCAAAGCCCUUGUUGGAGUGGGGGAGUGAUUUCUGCUGAGUUUAUUAGCAUGCAUAUCAUCUAAAGUGACUUGGUAUUUAUGAAGGAAGAUUCCAUUCCACAAAAAUGUUUAAUCUUUAAAUUCAGCAAAAUGAUGCAUUAGAGGAAGCCAAGUUGGCGGUUCAAAGAUUUCAUACUGAAGGAUGAAUAGUGAAGAGGAGUUCUUUGAUGCCGUUACGGGCUUCGAUUCCGACAAUUCUUCAGGAGACUUUUCAGAAACAAAUCAUAAAGUUGCAGAAAUGCUUGAUCUGGAUCCACCCCAAAGCAAUAGGACUGGAAAACAUAAUGGAGAGAGGCAGCUUCAUGAGAAUGGAAUUAAGAAACACAGAACAUCAUUACCUGCACCGAUGUUUUCUAGGAGUGAUUUCAGUGUGUGGAGUAUAUUAAAAAAAUGCAUUGGACUGGAGCUGUCUAAAAUUACAAUGCCUAUUGUCUUCAAUGAGCCACUGAGCUUCCUCCAGCGGAUAACAGAAUACAUGGAACACAUAUACCUCAUUCAUAAAGCUAGCAGUCAUGCGAACCCCCUGGAAAGAAUGCAGGCUGUAGCUGCGUUUGCAGUUUCUGCAGUAGCUUCGCAGUGGGAGAGAACUGGCAAACCAUUUAACCCUCUGCUAGGAGAAACGUAUGAAUUAAUCAGGGAGGAUUUAGGAUUUAGGUUGAUAUCUGAACAGGUCAGUCACCACCCACCUGUUAGUGCAUUUUAUUCUGAAGGCCUCAAUAAGGACUUUGUUUUUCAUGGAUCAAUCUACCCCAAAUUAAAGUUCUGGGGGAAGAGUGUAGAAGCAGAGCCCCGUGGAACAAUUACUUUGGAGCUUCUAAAACAUAAUGAAGCUUACACGUGGACAAACCCAACCUGUUGUGUACAUAACAUAAUUAUAGGUAAACUGUGGAUAGAACAGUAUGGAACAAUAGAAAUUGUAAAUCACAGUACUGGAGAUAAAUGUAUCCUUAAUUUUAAACCAUGUGGACUGUUUGGGAAAGAGCUUCACAGAGUAGAGGGUCACGUUCAGGACAAAAACAAGAAGAAGCUCUCUGUGAUCUAUGGCAAAUGGACAGAAUGCUUAUGGUGUAUCAAUCCUGCCACAUAUGAUGCUUCUAAAAAGAAUGAAAAGAGAGGUGGUGACCAGAAGAAAAUGAAGCCGAGCGAAGAUGCUGGGAAUGAUGAGGCCGAUGAUAUGCCAGAGAUCCAAGAGACUGUGCAAGUCAUACCAGGCAGUAAGCUACUUUGGAGGAUAAAUUCUAGACCACCAAACUCAUCACAGAUGUACAAUUUCACCAGUUUUGCUGUGAGUCUCAAUGAGCUGGAAACGGGCAUGGAAGCAGUUUUAGCUCCCACUGAUUGUCGUCUACGUCCAGAUAUCAGAGGCAUGGAAAAUGGAGAGCUGGACCUGGCUAGCAAAGAAAAAGAGAGACUAGAAGAGAAACAAAGAGCCGCUCGUAAAGAACGUGCAAAAGAUGAAGUGGAAUGGAGGACAAGAUGGUUUCAUCAAGGCAAUAACCCAUACACUGGAACUUCAGACUGGUUAUAUUCAGGCGGAUACUUUGAUAGAAAUUUCUCAGACUGUCCAGAUAUAUAUUGAAAUCUCUGAACCCAUCACUCCAUCUCAUCUGGACAUCUAGUUGUUAAAUUUCAAUCUAUGCCAGUUAUUCUGGUUUUGUUAAUAGCAAAAAACAGCUUUUCUAAAGUAAAUUUUAAUGAAAAUUGUAUCAUUCACCAGUCAAGGAUUUGUCACUGAUUUUGAUGGCCAAAUAUUUAAAUGCUGUUACAUUCUUUCCAUAAAGCUUUCAUCUGAAAUCAUCAUGUUUUCACUAAGUUUUAAAAGGGACAUCAGUUGUCUUUUUUUCUCUUUAUCCAAAGGUAUGCUGUAGCCAAUAGAGUUUACAGCACCCUUUUAAUUAUAUAACAGAGAAAAAAUAGCAGUGAUAUCCUUGUUACUUCACUUAGUGCAGCAUUAAAGAAUCUAACUAUCCAGAACGUGGAACAAUGGUAAAUUAGUAUGGUACAAACAUGAUCAAAUCGGGCAGAGUCGGCAUUCCCUGUAAAGAGAUGUAUGUGACGUUUUCAAAUGGUAAGCAGAGCUGAAGAGAUUGGAGCUCCGGUCUAUCUCAGUACAAUUCAGUAAUUCAAAGGCUUGGAAAAAAACCCAACAAAACACAGAAUGUUAGGCUUACUGCAGUUUGCAAAACUGCUACUCUGAAUUGUCUCUGUCUUUGGGCACUGUGAGCAUUACUUAAACUAUAUACCUAUGAUGAUAACUACAUAAAACCUUGUGCGUUGGGGGAUGGGAAGGGUGCAUUAACAAACAUCUGCUUUUCUAAAGUCAAAUGUUACUCUUAAUAUACAGAAAGCUUCAGAGAGAUUUGUAGAAACAUAGAAGUUGUGGUUCCAGCGUAAGAUAAAGAUAUUGGAUAUUGCUUGCCACUAGGAGGCUUGGGACUCCAGCACUAAUUUAAGCAGCUUAAGCACUAUUUAUGCUUCUAGACUGACUUUUCUUUGGAAGCACUCAGUAUAUAUCCACAGAUGGUCUUAUUUGUUUUUAGUUUUAUUUUGUUUUUUGUGCAUGUUCUGAAGCAUUACUGGUAACAUCUGGUUGUAUGUUGUUUAAAAAAAAAAAAACACAAAAAACAAAACCCCAAUCCAUUUAAAGCUAAGUGGCGUAACUAAAGUUAUUUUAAAACUGGUAUUAGGUAUAAUCUCUGUAACCACUUGCAGUCAGAAAAUAGAUUUAUUUUUGUUGGCAUAGAAAUGUUGGAACGAUUUGCACUACAAAUCAGUUGACGGUAUCUAUAAAUGUAUGGAGUUAAUUGUCAAAGUGGUACAUUUCUGAGAAUGGGAGGGGGCUUAAACAAUUAGGUUUAGAAAUUAAACCAAUUUUAAUAGUUGCUCAUUCUUUUAUGAAAGCUCUCAGUUUAGUAACCAAUAGAAACUGGCUACGUUGCUGAUAAGUUUACAGUCAUUCAGAGAUUGCUGAUAUUAAACACCAGCAUUUCUUUGAGUAUUCAUGAAAGAAUCAGUCUGAUUUCCAAAUGCAUUUGAGGAUGUGUACUUGUGAUGUCAUCCAAAGAUUAGGUUUUGAAGUGCAUUUACCAGCUAGAAGAAAAAUGAAAAAUAAACAAAAUCCAAGAGAAACAUAUUUCUUUUAUGUGAAAUUAGGCACCCAAAGAUGGAAGAUUUGAUAUUUGUUACAUUUUGUUCAUUUUUCCAGUGAAGAAGGUAAGCUGUGAAGGUUCAAGGCAAUAAAGGCACAACUCUGAAAUAAAUUCAUGUCACUGUAUCCUGUCGUCAGCAAUCAACUUUGUUGACCUUGAAGUCUCUUGGACAUGCAGGCUAGUCUUGAUGAUAUUGUUUAGAUUGGUGUGCUAGAGAAGAAAAUAUUCACUCCUGAUUUAAGUACAUUGGCAAUUCUGAUUUUUAUAAGGCAUAACUAAUGCAUAUGGACAACUUAAACUUCUUCCGAUCAGCUUUUUUGUAAAAUUAAACCUAAAAGAUUAAUAUUUCACAUACUUUAAGCCCCUUCAGUUUUCUUGCAAGUAGAUCUUAACAUAAGGAGCACUGUACUCAGCUAUCAGUGAAAACCGUGAAGGGAUUCAAGUUUUAAGCCAUUUUUGUAAUGUUUCAUGAAUAAAACUUGUUUAAGCUAAAUACUUAAGUUUGUUCAUUGUUAACAAUGCUGCUUUAAUACACAUGCAUAUAAAUAGAAAGUCACCAGAAUGAAAAAAUGCUAUAGUAAUAUGAUUGAUUUUUAAAAAUCCUAUUUAUAAAUAAGAUGUACAGGUGGGAAAUCUUUUAAUUUUGAAUCACAGCUUAAGUUCAGUAGGUCUAAAAAUAUUUCCAUUAGGCAAAAAUCCGUUUUUUAUUUGAAAAAGGCUAUAGAGGCACACUUAAUCCAAACUCCAUUGUAUCAGUCUUUAUAGCAUAAACUCCAGAAAAACGUCACCCAUUACUAUUGUCUACAUUGCAUAGAUCUGUUACUUUGGCAUUUUUCCUAAUUUUAAAUCAAAGUCCAACAACUUCUACUUUUUUCCCCCCCAUGGCAUGUUAAUUUUCCUAAAAAUUCCAAGUGAAUUCUAUCUUUGUCUGUUUUGUUGGCUUAUUAAGGCUGUAUCCAAAGUAUUUACAAAACAUUUCCUCACUACUGAUGGUUAGCGUUCAUUUCACUAGCCAUCUGAUACCUAAUGUUACAUUUUGAUUAUUUGUGUCUCAGUGAAAAAUAUUAAUGUCUCUUUAAAUGAAAAACUCACCUAUGUAGUUUUACUUCUUAAAACACAUAAACUAAACUUUGCACCUUUUUAAAAGAAUGUCACUUUUAUAACUUGAUUAAACACUGACUGUAUGUAAAAUAACUGUAUGUUGGUAUGUGUUCAUACAUCUACAUAGAUUUUUUUUUUUUUUAAAGGAAACCACAAUAGAUGCUAAACACACUUCAGGCCUAUACAUGGUGUAAAUGAUGUUUGAAGUGUGACUUUCUCAAUAGAGCAACUAUUUUUGUGGGGAGGAAAAGUUUACACAUUAUCUUGGCUGAUCAUUUUCCUUUGUAUCUACCUUGAUACUUUCUGGAGACAUAUGAUUUGAAUUAGAAUUUUCAUCCCUACAAACACAGCUUUUCUUCUGCUUGAACAUGCAGUGGACUCAAUUCUUUGACAUCAGGCUGUUGCUAGUAAAAACGGAGAUGUCAAAAAUGUAGAUAUCACAAAUAUACUGAAAACUACUGUAGGAAGAAAUGAUCUGAAAAAGAACAAAUUAGUUAUUUAAACUUUUUUUUAAUUUUAUUUUAUUUUUUUUUAAACUCAAACAGGAUUCCUUUCCCCAACCCCCUAAAAAAGGAUGUGGGUCUAUCAGAUAUGUUUUGAAUGUUGUUCCCCACAAUGGAAGUCCUACCAUUACAUGUUUUAAAAAACCCAAACACUAAGUGGAGGGGACAGUAUGGAACUCUUAGUAAAAGGUAAAUUAAUCUUUUGAUAAAAUGUUACAUUCCAACACAAGUGAAACUCUAAGUUAAUAGCCACUGCAUAGCAUCUAGGUUGGUCAUUUUGAGGAUACACCAUACUGUAGAUUUGUGACAACUGUUUGGGAUAUUGAACCCCUGUAAUUUCUGGGGCCCAGAUUAUAUAGAGAGGGGAAUUAUACUCCAAAUUAAAUAGAAAAACCACAGAAAUUAGCAAUGGUGACCCAUUUGAACACAGUUUAAAAUUCUCAAAUUAAAAGGUGAAGGCUGUGAGGUAUAUUUUCUUCUGCCUCAACACUUCGCAAUCUUGGGGUGGGGGGGUUGUUUUGUUUUACUUUUCAAGGAUUUUUCCUAAAUCCUAAAAUGGUUAUAAAAGACUUCGGAUCACUAAUUUUUACAUACUAAUAGUCUGUGAUAAAAUGGUUUGUAUUUGUAACCAUCUGUACAGUACAUAUGCCUGAUGUAUUUCCUCAUAAAUGUAGUCCUUAUCGCUCAUGUUCACUGUACGCAAUGUAUCUUAAUGUUACAAAUAAACAUGUUUGUUUAGUGUGUGGACUAAACACUACAUAAUUUGAUAAUAUACUGUAACUUUGCCUCUCUGAAAACACACCUGUAGUUUGGGUCAAUUGUAUAAUAAAGCAAUAUUUAAAUUUAUGUAAAUCUAAAUGGUUCUAUCAUAGAAAAUUCAUUUUUGGUAUGUUUUGUAGCAUGAAAAAAUUAAAACUUGCUUAUACCCAGAAUUCCAGUCCACUUUGAUUAUACUUUUAUGAAGCUGCUUUUCUUUUGCCUUACUCAAUUGCUGUAUUCCUAUUGAUUAAAUAUUUACACACUGUGUGUUUGCCUUAUCCAUGUUGCAUGAAAAUAUCAAAUAAUAAAAAUGAUUUAGUGAAAUGGAUUUAUUUUUAUAAUAUUUAAUAACAGUCAGUACCCAUCUAUAACAAUCAAUCAUAUUUAGCUUUUCAGAGAAGUCUGUACAGAUUUGUGGACAUAAAUGUUAAACUGUAAAUCUGAAUAAAGGUCAUUUUGAAGAAGA